AUGCCACCUAAACGCGCUAAAAAAAUAGCUUUGAGCGAGUUUCUCGGGGACGACACUCUGGGUUCAUGGGCAGAUGAGAUGGACUCCCUGCCUAGUGCCCCUGCCCCUCGACCUGACGAUGACCAAGCCCACGGUAAUGACCGCUAUAAUCGACGCGACGAUUUUUUGUCUACUCGGCCCGACAGACAAGCUGGACCUCCCCGUGAAGACUUGCCAUUGCCUACUCAGCCCCCCUACACUGUUUUCAUUGGCAACCUGGCUUUCGACCUUACCGACAUAGAAUUGGGUGACUUUUUCGGUUCAGACAAGAUCAAGUCGGUGAAAAUUAUCAAGGAUAAAGAAGACAAACCCAAAGGUUUCGGCUACAUAGAAUUCGACGAUCUGGAAGCUUUGAAAGAAGCUUUAGCAAAGAGCGGCUCUAGUUUUUCUGGGCGAACUAUACGUGUGAGCGUUGCUGAACCUCCAAAGGAGCGCCAAGGUUUUCCCAUGGAAGAUGACUCUAAAUUCGAUAAUCCUUGGAGACGUGAAGGGCCGUUACCUACGAGUGUUGGUUCACGAGAGUCCUCCCGUCGCCGGUUUGACGGGCCACCUUCUACAGACCGUUUUGGUUCUACCACUGAAGGACCAAGCGAUUGGCGAGCAAAUCGACCCCCAGUGCGAGCAACUCCACUCGAUACUGAACCUGCAUUCAAGCGGAAAAAUUCUGGCCUCACCACUCCUGAUGGCCCGAGCCCAGCAGACAAAGACGAAAUCUGGACGAUCGGCGCCAAAUUCAAACCUGUGGAGGAAAACUCCGGAAACAGAUUCGGAAGCCGUGGUCGCAGUGAAAUGCCUCCCCCGCCUGCUGUUGAAGAAAGUGAUUGGCGGACUAGUAGACCAUCCCGUGAGAGCACAUCCCCGAACAAUUCAACUCCACCAACACCUCAGUUGAGUCGCCGCAAACUGGAACUGCUUCCCCGUUCUGGCAAUGUCUCUGCCGCGCCUAGCCCUCUUUCAUCGCCAAAAAUUGCCCCUGCAGCCGCUACAACUGGUUCGUCCCGCCCAAAUCCAUUUGGUAUUGCUAGACCUGUCGACGUCACAAAUCGGGAAAAAGAAGUCGCGGAACGGGUCGAAAAGGAUCGUGAUAUUAUGAAAGAGAGGCUGACCAUGUCCCGAACAAACUCAAGGAAUGCUAUUGAACGGACCCCUCUCAAUCGGUCGCACAUUUCACCACCGGCUUCUCCAAGAUCCCCCAAGUCAACGCCAGUACCGACCCCAAAACCCUCCUCGACUUCGACAGUGCGACCGUCUUUCAGCUUUGCUAAUGCUGCAGCAAAGAAGGAGAAUGUUCCUGAGAAAAAAAUUGAGCAGGAGUCAAGUAUAGAGGGUAUCACAGAUAUGGUAUCUGAAGUUGCUAUCUAA